GGCCGGAAGUGCAGGCCCCGGAGCGGAGCCGCCAUCAUGGCCGACAAGAUGGACAUGUCCCUGGACGAUAUCAUCAAGCUGAACCGCAGCCAGCGGGGGGCCGGUCGCGCCGGCGGCGGCCGCGGAGGCCGGGGCCGCGGAGGCGCCGCCCGCGGAGGGGGGCCCGGCCGGGGCAGCGUCGGAGCGGGGCGAGCGGGAGGCGGCGGCCCCCUGCGGAACAGGCCGGUCAUGGCCCGAGGCGGCGGCAGGAACCGGCCCGCGCCCUACAGCCGGCCAAAGCAACUCCCGGAAAAGUGGCAGCAUGACCUGUUCGACAGCGGCUUUGGGGCUGGGGCUGGCGUGGAAACCGGGGGGAAGCUAUUGGUUUCUAAUCUGGACUUUGGUGUGUCGGAUGCAGAUAUCCAGGAGCUCUUCGCAGAGUUUGGGACCUUGAAGAAAGCAGCGGUGCAUUAUGAUCGGUCUGGACGCAGUUUAGGGACAGCAGAUGUGCAUUUUGAAAGAAAGGCAGAUGCUCUGAAAGCUAUGAAGCAGUACAAUGGAGUCCCCCUGGAUGGGCGCCCUAUGAACAUUCAGCUGGUUACAUCACAGAUAGACACACAGCGGAGACCAGCACAGAGUGUAAACAGAGGAGGCAUGACCAGAAACCGUGGUGGUUCAGGAGGAUUUGGUGGUGGAGGUGGCAACAGGCGAGGUAACCGUGGUGGGAACCGAGGGAGAGGCAGAGGGGCUGGAAGAAGUUCCAAACAGCAGCUCUCUGCAGAAGAACUAGAUGCACAGUUGGAUGCUUAUAAUGCCAGGAUGGACACCAGUUAAAGCAGUGAGCACAUCCCCUGCAUGGAAAGGACUCCAGACAUCUCAUUCCAUGCUCUCCGGAGGGAGGGGUGUAUGACUGUGGCCACUAAUAUCAAGGAUGGAAUUUGUUUUACUUUUAUGUUUUGGAAUAGGUUUUAAACUCAUGUAAAGGUUUUUUUUAAUUCUGAAACAGAUCUGUUUUGUACUGAGUUAUUUUUGGGAUAAAUUUUACUGGUUGCCUGUUGGGCUGAGGUGGUUUUUUCACCUUUGCCGUAAUAAAAUAGAAAUGUGUCUAGA